AGCGGAAGGGAAAAUCACGGCGAGAAAAAUGGCCUCCCAUCAUCUGUACGGUGCGCUGAUCGCGCUGGUGUGCGUGCUGUGCUACCACAACAGUCUCAACUGUGGCUUCGUGUUCGACGACAUCAGCGCCAUCAAGGAAAAUCGCGACCUGCGGCCACACUCGUCCAUCAAGAACGUGUUUCUCAACGACUUCUGGGGAACGCCGAUGCACAAGGAACAAAGUCAUAAAUCAUAUCGACCGCUGUGUGUCCUGACGUUCCGCUGGAACUAUCUGCUGCACGGACUCGAGCCGGCCGGCUAUCAUCUGGUCAACGUGCUGCUGCACACGGUCGUUUCGCUGAUGUACUUCCGAAUGUGUGCCAUGCUGCUUUCGGAAGUGGCCAGCUUUGCGGCCGCCCUUCUCUUCGCCGUUCAUCCGAUCCACACAGAAGCGGUGACCGGAGUCGUCGGACGUGCGGAAACGUUGUCGUCGGUGUUUUUCCUGGCAGCAUUCAUAUUCUACACCAAAGCGACCAGGCGGAAAAAGUCCACAGGCUGGCGCUACCUCUGCCUCUCCAUGCUGUUCGUCGCCACGGCCAUGCUGUGCAAGGAGCAGGGCAUCACCAUAACGGGCGUGUGUGCAAUCUACGAAAUCUUCGUCGCACAAAAGAUCCGCCUCGGUGACAUCUACCAUCUCGCACGCUCGAUGAUGAGCGGGAAAUCGUUCGCCCUGCCCGCCGGCUGGUGGCCCCACGAAGCGAGCCGACGUCUGGCCGUCCUGUGUGUGACCACCGUCGCCCUGCUGUUCGCCCGGCUGCAGAUCAUGGGCUCCCAGCUGCCCGUUUUCACCAGGUUUGAUAAUCCGGCCUCGGUGGCGGUCACCCCAGCGUGACAGCUGUCCUACAACUAUCUCGUCUCGGUGAACCUCUGGUUGCUGCUGUUUCCGUGCGAUCUGUGCUGCGACUGGACGAUGGGAACGGUGCCACUGGUGGAGUCCUUCACCGAUCCACGAAAUUUGUCCACGCUCGGUGCCUAUUCCCUCAUCGGCGUGCUGGCGUGGGUUGCCUUCGUGGAGAAUCAUCGACAAAAGUCGGCAGUCGUUGUAAUGGGACUAGCGUUUAUGGUGCUUCCGUUCCUUCCCGCCUCGAAUCUCUUCUUUCCGGUGGGCUUCGUGAUUGCCGAGCGCGUCCUGUACAUGCCCUCGAUGGGCUUCUGCAUCUUGGUAGCGUACGGUUUUCACGUCCUCUCGGAGCGUUGGUCCCGCAAGAUGACCUGGUGCUGCCUCGGCUUCCUACUACUAACGCACUCACUCAAAACAUACAACCGCAACGCGGACUGGGAAUCGGAGUACUCGAUCUUCAUGUCCGGCCUGAAGGUGAACCAGCGUAACGCGAAGCUGUUCAACAACGUGGGCCAUGCGCUCGAGAGUGAGGGCCGGUUCGAGGAGGCACUGCAGUUCUUCCACAAGGCCGUACGCGUACAGGAAGACGACGUCGGGGCGCACAUCAAUGUGGGCCGAACGUACAAUCAUCUGAAGAUGUUCAAGGAAGCGGAGAUGGCGUACCUAAAGGCGAAGUCGUUGCUACCGAAGGCGAAACCGGGCGAGUCGUACCAGGCGCGCAUCGCUCCGAAUCACCUGAACGUGUUCCUCAAUCUGGCGAACCUGAUCUCGAAGAACGCGACCCGGCUGGAAGAAGCGGACCUGUUAUACCGACAGGCGAUCAGCAUGCGAUCGGACUACACGCAAGCGUACAUCAACCGGGGCGAUAUUUUGAUCAAGUUGAACCGCACCAAGGAAGCACAGGAGGUUUACGAGCGAGCGCUACUCUACGAUAGCACCAAUCCGGACAUUUACUACAAUCUUGGAGUGGUGUUUCUCGAACAAGGCAAAGCAUCUCAGGCUUUGGCCUAUCUCGACAAGGCCCUCGAGUUUGAUCCGGAGCACGAACAGGCUCUGUUGAACUCGGCCAUCUUGCUGCAAGAACUGGGACGUCCGGAGUUGAGGAAAAUAGCUCGAGAGCGUCUUUUGAAGUUGUUCACUAAAGAUGAAUCCAAUGAACGAGUUCACUUCAACCUCGGCAUGCUGGCGAUGGACGACCGUAACACGGACGAAGCGGAGAACUGGUUCCGACGAGCGGUUCAUCUGAAGCAAGACUUUCGCAGUGCACUGUUCAACCUAGCGCUGCUCUUAGCCGACGAUCAUCGGCCGCUGGAAGCCGCACCGUUCCUGAACCAGCUCGUCAAGUACCAUCCGGACCACAUCAAAGGGCUCAUUCUGCUCGGAGACAUCUACAUCAACAACAUUAAGGAUCUGGAUGCAGCUGAAAAUUGCUACAAGCGCAUCCUGCAACUUGAUCCGGUGAAUAUCCAAGGACUGCACAACCUCUGCGUGGUGUACGUCGAGCGGGGUAAGCUUCUGCAGGCGCAAGCUUGCCUCUCCCAUGCUCACCAGCUGGCACCGAGCGAAGAGUACAUCGGACGCCAUCUGCAGAUCGUGCAGACGCGCAUCACUCGGUUGCGCCAGUCCCCGGACGGCAGCCGGGAGAAGGAAGUGGCCUUCGCGGACUAUGAUCCGCGCGAGUUCGGCGGCAAUCCGUCUUCCGGUUCGCCGCAGGAUCCUCAGCUUGAUUUUCAGCUACUUCAGGGCAUUGUAAAUAACGAGAAGGAGCCGGAGCACCAAGAGCAGCACCAGCAACAGCACAGUGCCAGCAUAGGGGAAGACACCCGUGUCGCCGCUGAAGACAUGCCAACACCAUUACCUCAGCAGGAGCUGCUCAACGAUGGCGCUUCUUCGACCCGCCCAACGUCCGGGGAUCCUGUUUUUAUCGAGUCCGAGGGGAUGAAUGACCUAGAGUUGUCGCAAACGCUAGUGGAUGAUGGUAAACCUGCCCCAUUGCCAGAUCCUACCAGAAGCCAUGAACGGGAGAAGCCAUUCGAUCACGCAACCGAAAGUAGCCGUAGCCGAAGUAGUCGAAGUAGUACUCGUCCCAGCACUUCGGUUGGUAUUCAAUCUGCAUCCGUCACACCGCAUCAUCAAGCCCCUCGGAGCAACGCUCCUGUUAUCGGGCAGGACCUGGACGAUCCGUCGUCCGGCAUGUCGUAGCAUCCAAUGCUAGACUAUAAGCUAGACUGUUUCGAAAUUCACUAGAAACGCUGUAAGAGACUGGCCUUUGUGACUAGGAAAUUGUAUCAUGUUAGGAAAACGAGUCGAUCGGGAAGGAGAUUGUGUAAAUUGUUAGGAAUGAAUGGUUGGAAAGAAUAUUUUCUAUAUACAAACACCGCUACAUCGCAUUACGAGCGUGGAGACACACCGGGAAGAAUCUUAAGGAAAGUUUUCACCAGCAGUAAAAAAUCCAUUUUCAUAUAGUGAUGUCAUUGAAAUAACACGCAAUCCCCACUCAUGCAGAUGAAACUAAAACUUAUCCAUGCGAUCUCCUUGACAUGAUGUUUUGAAAGAAUGUUUUUGAAAGUGAGGCUGAAGCUGAAAAUAUUAAAUGUAUGUUAGUUGUUUAUAGGACCUCAGUUGAUCGCAUCCUGCGAAGAACAGCCUAUUAGUCUUAUAAUUGGCCAAGAAAGAUUGAACAUCGAUUAAAUAUGAUUUAAAACUUCAACACUCUACACGUAAAUGGAAUUUCCAAUCAUACAUUGGUUACACACAUUCACUAAAUCUACUCGGUUUUUUACGAUAAUGUUUAAGAUCUGUACGUUAGCAAACGGGACUGAUUCAGAGAGUAUGAAAUGUGUAAAUAUGAUCGAUCAGCUAUCCAAAUGUGCUGUUGGAAAGUUUAUAAAGUUUAAAAAAAAAAGUCAAUGGAAAGAGAAGGGCAGUAAAUAGGGAAUGGAAUAUAGACAGAUGUGAAAAUAGCUGCUAAGUUAAGCAAAAUAGUAAGGAUGGCAGAGAAAAUUCUGGAAGUCAAAGGAUCAGUAUAUUUUAGAGUUCUUUAAUAUGAUUGACUUAUAGUUUUACUAUAUUAAUUUGAACUUUAUAACACGCUCAGACGUGACAUAAACGAUUCCUUAAAUUAGUUAAGCACUCAAAUGAUCUUAACAUCAGUACUUAACUCUUUUCCAAUUAUGCUGCAUACAAUGUCUCAUAAAACGAUAAUGAUUAUUUUUAUUAUCUUAAGUAUUUUUUAGAAGCACACAUUAGGUAUUAAAUUCGAACAAAACCCCAUUUUAAAAUAUUAUAAUUUGUUUCCGUAAAUAAA